CAGGGACGCAGCCAGCCUGCAAAGCACGAGCCCAGCCACGCAGGAGUCUCCGGCAAGGCAUUGAAGCCAGCAGUGCUGGACUGGUCAGGCUUCCAUAGGAAAAGUUUGCUGUGGGCAAGAAGGUCCCGAACUGAGCUGGCUAGGACUGGAGCCGUGCAGCGGCCGAUGGACUGUGCCCUCUGAGAGGGGCUGUGGAGUCGGAGGGCGCACGCUGGGAUGGCCCUAUAUAAUAACGGGGCCAAGAUGCCUUCCCCUCAGGAGGCGGCCAAUGGUUUUCCCCAGCCCGGUGCCUCCGGCACCUGGCACAAGCCGGAGGAGGAGGUACGGCUGGUGGAACCCAGCCUGGUGAAAAAGGCUCACCGGGAGAUCCUGGAUCACGAGCGGAAGCGACGGGUGGAGCUGAAGUGCAUGGAGCUGCAGGAGAUGAUGGAGGAACAAGGGUAUUUGGAAGAGGAGAUCCGGCAGAAAGUGGGGACCUUCCGGCAAAUGCUGAUGGAGAAGGAGGGAGUGCUCACCAGGGAGGACCAGCACGGGCGCCAGAUAGUGAUCGAAAACCACCACAUGGAGGAGUACGCUGUGGAGUACCCAGCGUACGGAGAGGGCUGCCUGCUGCCGGGUGACUGCCCAGCUGACUGCUACCGAGACCACUGCAGCCACAGAGAACACAGGCUGAAGAGGAGGAUGAGCAGCUCCGCCUCACCGCCACCCAAGAAGAAAAAGAAAAAGAAAUCGGGUCAUCGCCGGAGCCGCAAAAAGAGGAAACCCGGAUCAGAGCGCAGCUGCGACAGCUCCUCUCCCUUCCGGAAGGAGAAGAAAAAGAAGAAUGGGAAGAAACACAGACGAGACAGGUCUGAGUCUGGAUCCCGGAAGAAGAGAAGACGCAGGUCCCGGAGCCCCAAGAACAAAAGGAAAGAGAAAACCAAAGAGCGAAAGAGAUCCCCCAGCAACUCCCCAGCCCGCAGAUGCCACAGGCACAGCAGCUGCAGCUCUCACAGCGCUUCGCUCUCAUCCGAUUACAGCCACUCCAAAUCGCCCGGCAGACUAACCCCCAAGCACAGAGAGGAUGGACACAAGCCCAGCAGCCUGCGUUCCAGCCGUAGCCCGUCUUCCUCUCGCACUUGGCACAGCCGCUCGGCCACGCCGCACCAGAACGGGCACAAGGGCAGCACCCAGAAUGGCCGGCACAGCCACGGCACCCCGGGCGAAAAACAGCAGGAUAAGAGGCUGGAUUCCGCGUCCCCUUCUCCCAGGGGGCACGUCAAGAUCGAGCCGCCUUCCCCCCGUUCCAAGGGUGGCAGACGUGGCCCCAGAAGCCCCCGGUCGGUGUCACCAGAGAAAGGAGGUCGAUGCUCUGGAGGGGACAAGUACCGCCGCCACUCCCGGUCCGCAUCGCUGCACAAACACAAGGGGAGGAGCAAAGGCCAGGCCUCGGCCCAGAAGGAGUCGCCCCACUCGCUCAGCCACACCGACUACAGCAGUGAUUCGGAGGGGUCGGCCUGCUCACACCUGUACCCGGUGGCGCGGGGGGCGGAGAAGAACCACGGGGUGCACUUGAAAAAGGUGAAGGACAGACACCACCGGGGCAGGCCAAACAGCUGCUCCCAGUCCCCAGUCAAGCACUCCAGGCACAACUCCGAGAGAAGGAAGAGCCUGUCCCGUAGCAGCUCCUGGAGCUCCAGCAGCUCCCCUUCCAAAUCCCGGUCGCGAUCCCGGGAGAAAAGAGCAGCACGGAGCCGGAGCCAGUCUCCAUCGCAGAAAAAAAACGCAAGCAGAGAGAGAGACAACGAGCCUCGAACACGGCACAGUGACACGGAUCCUGCCCGGGCCAGGCGCCGCUCCAGAAGCUAUUCCCCUAUCAGGAAGAGGAGGCGUGACUCUCCCAGCUUCAUGGAGCCCAGAAGAAUUACAAGUGCCCGCAAGCGCCCAAUCCCCUACUACAGACCCAGCCCUUCCUCUUCCAGCUCCCUGAGCAGCUACUCCUACAGCCGGAGCUACAGCCGGAGCUACGACAGCUACAGUACCAGCCGGAGCCGGACUCGCAGCCCCCAGAGCCGCUCGCGCACCCCAAGCCCCAGCCCCAGCUACAACAGCCACAGCAGCUCGGAGAGCGCCGGGUUCUGAGCCAGCAGCAGGCAUGCCCCCUUCUCUCCCCCACCCGGCACCCAACUCCGUGCCCACCCCUCCCACACCAGCCGGCUGGCCCCUUCCAGCACAUCCUCACCUUCUCCUCGAGGAGGGAGAAGGAGCCGCCAGCUGAGACCCUGCAGCCCAGGAGCGGAAACAUCUGAGCGGGGUGGCCAGGGCUAACAGUGGCAGCUGCUAACACCUGGCCCUCAAGGAGACCGCGCAGGACGCAGACAGCGCCCAGCCCCCGUUGUUGUGCUGGAUUAAGGUGGGGGCCGGACAGUGGAGGAGGGGACCAGGCUGACGUUACCCCGAGCCAGCGCCGGUGCCUGGGCAAAUACAACCCUGCUGUUACUCAUCACCAGGGGCAGGCUGGA